AUGGGAUGCCUGGUAUCGACGCCAAAGGACUCCGGUGGGAACAGAAGGCAACCAGGAAACAUUGGAGAAGUGUCUGUCUUUGUUCCUGGCUUACGAAUUCCUAAGCCUGUGGAUUUCUCGCAGUCACUUGGCGAUCAGUUGUCUAAAAGUUUAGCAGAACGACUUUCUGCUCUUAGGACCCGAAUAGUUGUAAUGGCCGGCCAAGAAGCUCCGACAAUUACAAGAACAAGGAGAAAAACUGCUACUCAGCAUGGAGGUUCAACAUUGGCUGAUCUUCUACAGGCUCUUGAGGAUUAUUUACCAGUUCUUCUGGGAUUAGUUAAAAAUGGAAGCCCUUUACAGCACAAAGUACAGUUUGUUUGGGUUAAUCAGGAGGAUGAUGCAGAGGAAACUGCAAUGUUUAAUGCUUGGUUCGAGGUAUUGUCAACUUUGCACUUGAUGGCAGUGCUAUCACUCUCACAAGCUAACUUACUGCUCCUUCCAAGAACAUCCGCUGAUGGUUAUCAGCCAAAAGUAUCAGAAGGUGGGGAUGGGCAAUUGGGCAUUUAUAAAUCAGAUGUGGUACUAGUUACGGAUGAUGCCAUUGCCAACUGA